AUGCAGUUCUAUGUUCUGCCAAGAUUAACUGUGUCGCUUCCCACGGCAAGCUGUAAUCCCAGCGGAUGGGAUCUCCCUGAGUCAGCAUUCCUUGCUGAUCCUCGAUUCUAUGAACCAGGUCCUGUAGACAUUAUUAUUGGAGCGGAGUACUAUUUGGACCUUCUACGCAGCGAGAAACACAAGGCAACUGAAAAUGGACCAACGUUGCAAGAUACCGAAUUCGGUUGGGUCGUCUCGGGUACCGUCCCCGAACGUCUACCAGUGGAACACUCUUCACCGGAGAUUACUCUUGUCUGCUCCACUUUCGACCUUCAAGAGCAGCUUACGAAAUUCUGGGAUUUGGAAACAUGCCGUAGUGUGAGUACACAGUCUUUGGAAGAAUCGUCGUGCGAAGAAUUCUUCAACCAUACGACCGUCAGGGAUGAGAACGGUAGAUUUAUCGUGACGUUGCCAAAAAAAGAGAAUGUGAUUGCCUGCUUAGGUCAUUCGGAGGCUAUUGCGAUUAGGCGAAUGAUAGGAAUGGAAUGA